AUGGAGAAACUAGCGACCGAGACCCUCGUGGCUAUCUUCGGCUUUACGGACCUCGAGGGCGUGCACUCCUUGUUGCUUACAUGCAAGAAGACCUACAAUGCAUUCAAGGGAAGCGCGCAUCACAUCUCAAAAGCACAGAUAUUUCAACAACUUGCAAAUCCUCGCGACUACAAGCUGAGCGUGAUGGUCAUUGAAUCGCGCCAAGUGGAUCCGCUGGAGAGGGCAGGUGUCGAGAAAUUCAUCGAAGACUUCAUGCACCACCAGGAAUACGAUUUGGGACUCUUCCGGAUGCAGACCGCCUACAACUUGCCUCGACUCAACGAGGCACUGGAUUAUGUGAUCGCGGUCGACAACGCAGAUGCAUAUCAUGAACGCCAUGCAAUCGUCCCCGAAACGCCCACCGAGUUGGCACGAAGACGGCGGAACUUCUUGAUGCAAGAGGUCUGUCUCAACCUUUUCCAUCGAUUACCAGGCAAAUAUGGAGCGCUGCUAUGUGAGCCACCGUACCAAGGAUUAUUUGAUGCCUACUGGCAGAACUUCUCACGGGGUAAGAUCAGUGAGGUAGCGGGCCAUCAAUUCGCAUAUCCGCCCAUCCUGUUUGACGCAUGGUCUAAAAUCUCUGGCCUCAACUGUCCUCAGGGCCGCAAGGGCGUCUCGGGUGAUACUUGUCACUGUUUCGAAAAAUGGCAACUCGAAGGCUAUGGUUACGAGUCCACGGAACCUCCACGCCCAGUCCUGUUCUCGCAUCUGGUCGGCGUCGAACAACUAUACUCAUGGAGCUGCGGAUCGAAGACGCGUUGCAUCCAUCGAGAGUGGAUGAAAUUCGUUGACCAGACACCCUUGAGUGAGGCCGAUCUCGUAAAUCUCCAGGUAGGAGGACCGGGCUGGCGUCCACUGACCAACAAAGAAUGGUCAAGUGUCCGCUUCCAAGAGGACCCCAAAGCGAUGAGCGAGAAGACAUGGGAUUGGGGCGACAAGGACUGGGAGGCAUACCUGGAGGACGGAGGACGUUCACUGGACCAACGAUGCUCGGCUCAACGGACUCAAUGGGAUGAGGCAACCGCGCUCGAGUGGCGACGCAAAGCACAAAAUGGGGAAAUUUAG